UUUGUGUAAACUUCGUCCUCGGACUUUUACCUUGCAAACUACGCAAAUUAUAAUGUUUACACUGCCAACCAAAACAGAAAUUUUGAAGUUCUGCUUUCUACUUCUAGAAUAACUGACAGAUGAUCUAUAAGAUGAACAACAUGAAAUUACUCAUCACUAUCGCCAUCCUUAUACCCAGUAACCAAACAGCAGAUAUAGAUAUUGUAUGGCAUGGUGGAGAAAAGACAGCAAAUGUCUCAGCAACAGAGAUGUCACCAGGAUCCCGAGCUGAGGGAGGAUUGUGGUUUGAUGAUAACACAAAGUCUUAUCUGUUUGGUGGAUGGUCCUACAAUAGUGUAUCAAAGGAAUUUACUCUCACCAAUGAUUUAUGGGUGCUGGAUGUCAAUACAUUCCACUGGACUACUUUGAAACCUGUUGCUAAAAAUAAACCAUCACCUCGUUACUCUCCUUCAAUUUGUGGCAUACCAUCAAGAAUGAUUGUUAUUUUUGGCGGUAUUGAUAAAGAUGGUAAAAAACUAGAUGACACUUGGAUUUACAAUUUAGUAGACAAUUCAUGGCAAGAACUUACAUUGUCAGGUAAUGAUUCCAUGAUUAGCCAUCCACCAGCGCGAGGCCACCAGUCAAGUUGGUGCACAAGCACUAAGCUUACAAUAUUUGGAGGAAGAAAUGCAGAACACAAAGCAUUACAUGACAUGUGGUCUUUUUCUUUAGUUAACCAAAAAUGGAGUGAAAUGGAAAGCUCAAAAAAAUAUCCAUCUAACAGUUUUGGUCAAACUAUUGUUUCAUAUCCCAAACCUCGUAGUGGGGCAACAACCUUUCAGCAAGGGUCUUUAUACUUGUUUGGUGGCAAUACUGCUGAAAUAGAUUCAGGUGAAACAAAUAUUGAUGGCAAAUAUGCUAAUGAUCUCUGGAGUUAUGAUAUUGGAAAAGAUUCCUGGACAAAGAUCGGUGGUUCUGACACUGUAUGUCAUCAUGGCAAUUAUGGUCAUUUCCAAGUUGCCGGUAAAGACAACUGGCCUGGAUGCCGUGUCAAGGCUACAGGAUGGGUGGAUACUAAUGGAAACUUAUGGAUGUUUGGUGGAGAUGGAUCAGAUUCCACAGCUGCAUCUGUCACAGUUUUUAAACCAGGAAAAUUAUUAAAUGAUUUAUGGCGGUAUGAAUUUGUUUUCAAAAUGUGGUCGUGGAUGGGUGGCAACAAGUAUGGGAACACAGGUGGAAAAUAUGGGGAGUCCAGUUCAGAACGUUAUCCAGGAAGUAGAACUGGCUUUAUGUCAUUCAACCGGAACCACAAUUUUAAUCACAUUUUCGGAGGCAUGGGGCAUGAUACAAAUGGAAAAGAUGGGUUGCUUAGCGACCUGUGGGAAAUAGAUGUACACAAGGAAGUGGUUUAUGGGAAAUAUCCUACUACCAGCAAUGUAUUCAUGAUAAUAUUUGGUCUUUGUGGAUUAAUUUUGUUAAUCGUAGCGCUGUCUUUGUAUAAUCGUAAAUUCUUUAAAGGUUCAGAAAAGGAAAAAGAUAAAAUGUCAGAUACUGAGUACUGUAUGCUAACUAACAUUGAUGAUGAGGAUUAGAUUGUUUAUACAUGUUAUAUGUUGGGAAGAUUUUAAAGCUAUUUCUGGAAAAUUCCUCCAAAAAGUUUAUAGAAUGAUAACAUCCCAAAUAUGGCAUUGUACAGCUAUUUCAAGAUGCGCUGUAACAAAAUUUGACUUUUUUCAGAUGCCUUUGUUAUAGCUGAUGAGUUUCUUUUAGAACAAAGGCAGUAGCCAAACAAAAUAUAAAAGGCUUAGUGUUAUUAAAUGGAUGAUUUUUUGAAUAAAUAGGAAUCGCAAUGUUACACCCUAGCAUGGUAAUUUAAACAUUUAAAUAAUUUGGUUUUACUUUUAGGGGUUCUCUGUGAUGGAGAGGAGGAAAGAUGGAUAUGUUUGGAUGAGACCCUCGUCCAAAGUUGAAACUUAAUCUUAAUUUGAUCAUUUGAUAUCAGAUUUUGAUUUAUAUUGUCUGUGUUUUUAAUCAAAAGUGUAAUACUUUUAAAUUGCAUAUCAAGCAUUUUUCCUCUAAAUUAAAAUAUCUUCACACUUAACUUUAUUUGCAUUGUCAUAAAUAUUUGCCACUUAUGUCCUAAAAUAUCUACAGAUAAAAUUAACAAAUAAAGUUAUAAAUUUAUUUCAUCACAUAAUUUUUAAUGUAAAUGAAUCGGAAGAAUAUAUUUGUUCAUUCAAUAAUCAUAAUGAAAGAAACAUUUAAAAAAAAUAACACUGCAGAUUUGUAUUCUCCAAUUGAUCAUCUGUUCUAAUUCAUUCAUCUUCAAAUAUUGUAUCUAGUUAAGAAAUUGAAUUUGCAGUUUGCCUCUACUAUUAAAUAUGACUAAUAAAAUCUACAAAAUAAGUAUCCUACAAAUAAGAAUUUUCUUCCAAGGGAGAUAAUUCAUUAUCACAAGAAGAGUUACUUCCCUGUUGUUUACUCCUAACAAAGCAAAAUAUGUUUCUAUGAAUAAGAAUUUGCAGUUUGUCUUGAUCCAUGAAAUCCUUAAUUAUGAUAUUUAUACUUAUUGUUUAUUAUGUGCACAGUAAUUUGUGCACAUCCAAAAUCUAGUUGGUAUUUUAGAUACUUCAGGUAAAAAAACAUCUGUGAAGUUUUUGCAUUUUUUUUUUUUUUUUUGUGAAAUUGAUACUUAUCGGUAUUUAGAUGUAAUCACUAUGUGUGUGAGGUCAUUUCACUUACAGCCUUGUCACAUUCAUUGGGUUGUUUUUGAUUUUUUUAAGCAUUUCCUUUAUUGUGUGCAUAUUUGAGAGAUAAAAUUGUUUAUAAAAAACUUAAUUUGUUGAGUCAAAAUACAACCUAAAUGGCCCAACUCCUGCUAUCAUUUCAUUUAUUUUUGUACAUUGAACAAAAAUUUUGAGAUUUUAUAUAAAAUGCUCUUAUUUAUUUAUUUUAUUUAUAAGUUUGUAUUCUGUAAGUAAUCAUCUUUGUUUUGUACGAUGUAUUGUAAUCAAUUUAUAAUGAGAACAAUUUUUUUAGGUUGUGCUUUUGAUAUAUAGAACAUUAGUGAUUUUCAUACCUAGUACUCAUUAGAGAAUAUUUAUUUGUUUAUUCAUGUAGUAUAUUUCUUUUUGUAGGUGUUUGUGUUAGCUUUUGCAACACAUGUAGUUCUUUUUUUACAUACUUAACUUUGUUUGUGAUAUGUAACUACUUUUAACUCUUUAGAUUAACAUACUCAGGCUUGUAUGUAUAUAUAUAGACAGUCAAAGAUUUACCAUUGUUAUUAGAGAAAGAAAGGUAUAAAUUUAAAAGGAUUUCAAACAUUGCCAAUAUAUAAUUUACAAAAUCCAAAUCAAAAGCACUAGUGUGUGAAUAGAAAAGAAAAACAAUUUAUUAAAGAAUAUUAAAUCGAAACAUGAAAAGAUUUUAUAUUGUGCUUAUACAAAAGAAACUGACAAUUGUACUCAUCUUAUUUGUACAAAAUAUUGUAAAUUUACUGUUCAGUUGUUUAUGAAAAAAAAAUCUGAGUUAUUUCCCCUUACAUAAAACAAAAAGUUAUCAAUUUCCUUUUUGUAAGAAAAAAUGUAACUGAUGGAAAAAUCAUUUGAAUGAAAAGUCUUACAAAUUAUUUUCAUUUUAGCAUAAAAUCUAAUUGAUCUAAUUGUUUUGAUUAUUUAUUUUUCAUCAUGUUUAAUACUAUAUUUACUGUAUAUUCCAAAGCUUAGUUUGUCAUGUGUGUUUUUUUUUUGUGGUAUUUUUAUGUUCUUCAAUUAUUCUUAUAUUAUCAAUAUACAUGUGUAUAGUGAAUUCUAAAAGUGCUGGUAUUGUGUGCAUUUAUUAUCAUGAUUAUAAUGAUUAUUGAUUAUACCUCAAAAUAAUGAUUCAAACUUGUGAUGUGAGAAAAAAAUUUGCAUUCAUAUAAUGCAGCAUUAUUUUAAUUAGAUUUCUCACAACAAUGAUAAUAAUAUUGCAAAUAUUUCUGAAUUAACAUGUACAGAAACAAGUCUUUAUGACUAUAAACAUGUUAUUUAACAAUAAUUGACUCACUGUGAGUUCUUGAUUAUGUUUAUUUUAUUAACAUAUCAUUUUUCAUGUACAUGUAUGAAUGUAUUUGUUUUAUAAAUUAAUUUUCAAUUUGCAAGAAGAAGGCUGGUAAUCCCAGAUUUACUGGUUGCAAAAACUAUCUUUCUCAAGAAAAUCAACUUUUUGUUCAAAUAUUGUCAUAUGUAAAGUUCCCUGAAUUCACUUAUUUUCAUAAGUCCCAUAGUCUUCUAUGUGUAUUGCUCAAUAAUAGACAUGUACACUAUGGAAUUUUCUAUUCUUUUAAAAGUCAGUCUGAAGAUUAUCUCCCUUUGAUUAUCACUCUGAAGAUUAUCUCCCUUUGAUUAUCACUCUGAAGAUUAUCUCCCUUUGAUUUUCACUCUGAAGAUUAUCUCCCUUUGAUUAUCACUCUGAAGAUUAUCUCCUUUUGAUUAUCACUCUGAAGAUUAUCUCCCUUUGAUUAUGUCUAGCUUUUGCUAAAAUAAAACAAAUAAAAAAGUAAAAUCACAAAAAUACUGAACUCAAAGGUAAAUUCAAAAUGGAAAGUCCCCUAAUCAAAUGGUAAAACACAUCAAGCUAAUAGACAACAACUGUCAUAUUCCUGACUUGGUACAGGCAUUUUCAAAACAGUGGAAAAAUAUUGUUUUUCAUUUAAUCUCGGAAACUGAUAUAAAGAUAUUAUGGUCACAUUUUACUUAAGAACAGGAUACUUCUCUAAAGGGGUUUGCCAAACAUAUAUGUUUAUUAUAAUAUAGAUUUGGCUGAUAUAGAAAAUCUCUCCAUCCAAUAAAAAAAACGAUGUGUAAAAUGUAUAUAUGUGAAUGUUCCCUGAAAGACAUCUUCAAAUAUAUUUAAUCUGAAUUGUUGAAAUCCAUGUUUCUGUAUGGAAGGAAAAUCUUAAAUAAUCACUCAGAUCAAAAAUGAAAUAGCAAAUUAAGUGCACAUCUUCAUUUCCUAUAUUCUUUGCCAGUUUUGUGUAAUUCUGUAGAGCAAUAUUUAUUUUUUUUUGUUAUUAACAGCAAAGUGUUUAUUAAGCUUUAUUUACCGGUAUAUGCAUAUUGUUUUUACUUACCUUGUAUGGUGUAUCAAUUACUUAUUGUUGU